AUGACGGAUGUACAGAGCCCAGCUGCGCCUGACCAGAUGCUGGAAGAGGCCGGGAAGGCCAUGUAUGACUUCAAUUUCAGCGACUUUCUUCGACGUGAAUACCGCUUUGGCCUCGAUCCUGACCGGCCAUCAUGCAAAGCGUACAUGCAAGGACACUGCCCACUGGGAAACCGGUGCCCAGACAAGCACCAUGUAUCGUCAUCCUACAACAAUCUGGUGUGCAAGCAUUGGCUGCGCGGUCUCUGUAAGAAAGGAGAAGCGUGCGAGUUCCUUCACGAGUACAACUUAAGACGAAUGCCCGAAUGUUCGUACUAUGCCCGCAAUCAGACGUGUUCCAACGGCGACGACUGUCUGUACCUUCACAUCGACCCCGAAGCCAAGCGACCAUCGUGCCCGCACUACGACCGUGGCUUCUGCCCACUGGGCCCACACUGCGCACUCAAGCAUAAUAAAAAGGAUAAACUAUGUCCGUUCUAUCUAUGCGGCUUCUGUCCUCAGGGACCGACUUGCAAGAUUGGCGGACACCCAAGAUAUCCCACGGAUCUCAAGAAGCCAGAGGUGCGCGUUGAGAAGACCGCAGAGGAGCUCGAGGCCGAACGCGCAGAGCGAGAACGUGAAAUGAUGAGGAGGGAAGAGGAAGAGCGAGAACGCGACGAGAGGAAUGGACACCAGGGAGGUGGACGGGGUUUCAGAGGUGGCUGGGACCGCAAGAAGCGAGGAGGUAGGAGAGGUCGGGGACGGGGAGGAUAUUGA